UGUCAAACCCGGACUUUAGUCGGAUCUAGUAAGCCGUGCAUCGCAGAAGUGGUUGGCUGCACCGAGGCGCAGUCUUGAACGAUCGAGUGACCGUCGACGGUAUUUUGAAACAAUCGAAUUGACAGUUAAGGCGUUUGGCGGUAAUUUUUGAAUGUUUAAACUGGAACUAAACAUCGCCCAUUAGACGACGGUAUUGGGUGACAGAAUUAAGUGCCAUUAGAACGUACUGCAUAGGUACCAGUGCUGUGAUUAAAAUAAUUGCCGAGAACCGUCCCUAUUAAUGAAGUUAUGACGAAUGGGAAUGCCAAAAUUACAUUGAAAGAAUCGAAGAUGUCGUCCGUUCCUGUGACUGAAGACACCGGUUUUUGUUCCGGCGAAGAGUACAUGGAGAGCGAGAUCCAUUCGCCUACCGAUAACAGCGAGGAUAGCGUGGAAGUGAAAGUGUCGGUGAUCUCCUCCCUUUGCAAAAAUAAGCGGAAGCUGCAGGAGCCUUCCAGAAAGCGAGACGUCUUCUCCGGUCCGCUGAAAAAACGCAUGUGCCUGAAGAUAAAAGCCGAGAGUAACGAAACGUUGACGCCUUUCCGUCCGUGGAGCCCGCCAACAAGUAAAACCCCUUCGGCGGCCGUUUCAACGGCGACACAAAAUUUUGCCGUACCGUUUCCGUUAAAAUCCGAAAGUAUUACCCUCACUUCUGCGUCGAAUUUAUCCUAUUUUCGACCGCCGUCUCCGGUUCCACAGACCGAACCCGUCUCCUUGGUGAUCAAACGCGAACAAGACGACUCCAAUGACGUCAGAGUGCCUAUGCAUCCGCCUAUCGCGAAACUUUCCGCAGUAGAAACGGAACGUAUGAUCCUAAAAACCAACGAACAGUUUCCCACGCUCCAGGUCGAAGCCAUUGCCAAAGCCGCGGCGCCGACUUUACAAUCUUCCACGUCCAAGAAGACGGAGCAGAGAAGAGAGCAGAGGAACUACAAAAACAUGACGCGAGAGAGACGGAUAGAGGCGAACGCGCGCGAAAGGACUCGAGUUCACACGAUUUCCGCAGCCUUUGAUACGUUGAGACGGGCCGUACCAGCGUAUUCGCAUAACCAAAAGCUGUCGAAGCUGUCGGUUCUGCGCAUAGCCUGCUCCUACAUCAUGACGUUGUCGAGCUUGGUAUCCAGCGACAAUUCGGAACCCGUUACCUCGGAAUGCGUGGACAUGGUGUCCAGAACGAUUCAGAGGGAGGGGAAAUUAAGAAAGAAAAAGGACGACAACGAUUAAGUGCCAAAAACGCGUUUGCCUUUGAAAAUAUGUUCCUACCACUCGAGUUGCCUAUAACAAAACUGCAAGUGUUGAAGUUCUUCCAAAAAAGGCGACGCUCAUUUGUUUUUGUUUGUAUUUUUCGAUGCCAUGUUUAUAGAUUGUAUAUAUUGUAGAUGUAGUUGUUCGUUCCAGACUGCAGAAAAGACUAUUUAUUUGGUUAUUUAAUAAAUAAGAAAAAGUGUUCCCGAA